AUGAGCCCCGUUGUAUCUGGCGGCUCUCAACAAGUUGAGACACCUGUCAACCAGCAGAACAGUAUCGUCGACAGUGGCAAUGCCACUCACUAUCAUGCUCUACUGGAUAUCACCUCGCUAGACGCUCUGCGUGAGCUUUAUUCCGCAGACAACUUGUCUCGCGUGCGGACUCUGGAUAUAUCGAUACAUUCCGCGGAGGAUGCAUCAACUCUGCUUCUCAUCCUUACCGAGAGGGAGAUGGGAUCUCUACUGCAGCUUAGACUCGCAUCCAGCUUUUGCGAUUUCGAAGAGCAGACCACCCCUCCACUACGUGCCCCCAAGCUGCAAAGAGCAUCAUUUGCUGCCAUCUUCCUUGAGCUCGUUUCGCCAAACUUGAUAGAGCUGGAUAUAACUUAUGACUCUGCCGGUCCACAUCCUCUACAUCCCGAUGCCCUAUGUGGUACGCUAUCGCGUAGCACUCAAUUGCAACGCUUGGAGCUCACCGAUUGUCUCCCAUCCAAUCUGGACCAGAUAGAAUGCCCGUUGAGCCUGCCGUCUCUCGAGUGCAUCAGACUCACGGAGAACGCUGAAUCUUCCCAUCUACUAUGUGGCUCGUUCUUACGCUCUCUUUCCUUUCCACAUUCCACCAAGCAACACAUCUCGACGGUUAGCUCCGAGGACGCCCUGGACGUUCUCGCUGUCAGUGCACAGCGAAUAUGGAAAAAAGAUGCGCCUUCCGGUCUUCUACUGGAUGUCAAGUCUGGGUACAUCGGCUUUCACUUCUACUCGGACGUGAAGCCACACCACGAGAAAGAUGACAGACCCUUCGAAGGCGCAAAGAGGAAGGCAGAGCUAUCAUUCGGUGUCAAACUCCGACAUCUAUCACCCCUCAUGCAGGCGUUGGCGUCAUCGAUCAACCUCUCGCAUAUCAAGACGCUCUCGCUAUGCGAUGAUACGAACUUGCAACCCGACGAUGAUGGUUCUCACUGGCGUUCUGUAUUCGAGGCGUGCACGGGCGUACACCUCUUACAUCUCGCGGAUACACGCGGCUCACCCCAGCCAUCGUUGCUACUUGCACUCGGGGCGCAGAGUGAAGUCGUGGCAUACGCGGAAGCUCGUCGUCCGACGGCUCCGGACGAUGGUGGGGAUCGAAGCUAUGCGGAUGAGGACUCGGGGUUCUCGUCUAGCCAUGCCAGUCCACUCUCCAGCACUUAUGCGUCUUCCGAGGAGGGUGGCGAUGCUGCAAACGACGACGAGAGCGAUGCUUCUCUGUCGGACACGGACGCGAGCUCCUCUUCACAAUCCUCAAGCGUCGAUUCAGCUCCUCCCGCUCUCGACACCGCGCCGCACCUAUAUCCGUCGGCCGCAGAUGAAGAGAUUACACCCUUCCCGAUGUUAGCUGAGCGCUUGCGCCAGCUCCAACAUACAAUCUUCAUCGAGCUGGACUCGCCCGACGCCAGUCAAGGAGAUUCGUCGGGUGACAGUGCGCCUUCCCAAGGAGAUGUAGUGGCCAGCGAUGCUGAAGGGGCGGACGCGUUCGUGAGAGAUACCGAAGCGUCUCGGUCUCCGGAGUCGACAGAGGGCCCUCGUCGGGUUGAUGACGAGACGAUUCCCUCCCCUGUGGACGAAAACACCCGGUCCUCAUUGUUGGGGGAGCAUGUACUUCUGAAUCUGGAAAUCCUCUGGCUCGCGUCAUACGUGGAUUCAACCCGUCCUGUCAACGCAUAUACAUUCCCUCUGGAAGCUCUAGUACGCGCGCUGACUUCGCGUGCAAAGUCACAUACAAAGACAUCUGCCUCGCGCAGUCCGCGCACGCUGCGCGUCGACGUCUCUGUGGCGCUGCGCGAGCCAGGCGUGUCCGAGCCUCAUCUCCUGGAAGCGCGCGUUCGCUUCCCGAACAUAUUGUGGUCAGAUGGCUGA